UGGUGGGCCAGGCUACAGAAUAACGUCCACGUUUUGUUCCAGAUCAUCCCAUCCUCCCAGGGGAAAGGAAAUGGCUGCGAUGGAGCUGGCUCAGCAGGGCUUCCCGUUUCAAAACCUGAUGUGAUCUCCCGGUUGGAGAAAGGGGAGGAACCCUGGGUCCCAGACCUCCAGGAAUCAGAGGAACAAGAGAUCCUGAGGGGUGCCUGCCCAGCAGGUGAUGGGAUGGUGAGUGAGAAGGAAGGUCAGAAUCUUCAGCAGAAGGACGAUGUGCAACUGGAACCACACCGGAUAUUAUUGCUAAGACCCAAAGGGAAUGUGUGCAGAAGUCUUGAGCAAGGAAAAUCGUAUGAGAGUCAGCACAGGCCAGAGAGCCAACCAGCGGAGAAAGAGGGUAAAUCCAUUAAUUGUCAGGCAACUCACAAAGACCUCAGGGGAACCACAGAACAGCACACAAACCUCACAGAAGAGGGAAAAAACUCAUGCACUGAGUGUGGGAAAAACUUCCGAGGACGCUCAGGCCUUAGUAAUCAUAAGAGAAUCCACACAGGAGAGAGACCCUAUGAAUGCAGCGAGUGCGGGAAAACCUUCACUCAGAGUUCUCACCUCAUUAGACAUGAGAGAAUCCACACUCGGGAGAGACCCUACAAAUGCCGUGAGUGUGGGAAAAGCUUCACUCGGCACUCAGACCUUAUUACACAUCAGAGAAUCCACACUGGGGAGCGGCCCUACGUAUGCUGUGAGUGCGGGAAAAGCUUUGCUCAGCGCUCAGCCCUGACUAAACAUCAGAGGCUCCACACAGGGGAGCGACCCUACGAAUGCAGUGAGUGUGGGAAAAGCUAUACUCGAAGCUCUGACCUAAUUACACAUCAAAGAAUCCACACGGGGGAGAGACCCUAUGAGUGCAGUGAGUGUGGGAAAACCUUUACUUGGCGCUCAGCCCUCACUACGCAUCAGAGCAUCCACACAGGGGAGAGACCCUAUGAAUGCAGUGAGUGUGGGGAAACCUUUGCUCAGCGCUCAGCCCAUAUCAGACAUCAGAAAAUCCAUGCAGGGAAGAGGCCCUAUGAAUGCAGCGAGUGUAGGAAAAGCUUCGCUGAGAGCUCACACCUUAUUACGCAUCAGAGAAUCCAUACAGGAGAGAAGCCCUACGAAUGCUGUGAGUGCGGGAAAAGAUUCAGUCAGAGUUCAUACCUUACUAAACAUCAGAGAAUCCACACGGGGGAGCGUCCCUAUGAAUGCAGUGAGUGUGGGAAAACCUUCACUGAGAGCUCACACCUCAUUACGCAUCAGAGAAUCCACGCAGGAGGGCCAGCCUAUGAAUGCGCCGAGUGCGGGAAAAGCUUCUCAGAGCACUCAAUGCUUACUAAACAUCAGAGAAUCCACACAAGAGAGCAAUGCCAUCAGUGCUCUGAACAUCAGAGAAUCCACAGCGGGGAGAGACUCUAUGAAUGCAGCGAGUGCGGGAAACGCUUCACCGAGAGCUCACAACUUGUUAGGCAUCAGAAAGUCCACAAAGGAGAUGAUAAACCAUAA